AUGGAACAAGCUUCUGACAUGACCAAUCUUUUUCCCGACAACGAAAUGUCCCCUGUCGAUAAGGGCAAGUCCCCUGUUGGCAAGGGCCAGACUUCAAGAGUCUCCGAGCCCGGGCCAUCAUGUCGGCAUCCGCAUUCGUCGGAGGCUGAAGCCACAACCUCAUGCAACCCCUCUGCUCCUCCGAAGGAUGACCCAUCCGCUCCGCCCGAACCACCAAAUGAGGUUCAAAUCGACCCUCAUACUCCAUCACAUCGCUUCUUAUAUUUUUUCGAGUCCGAGACAUACGUCUAUUUUCUUAUAUGGAUUAUGCAAACCAUAAAGGAGUUUCGUGAUUCCCGGGUGGUAAUCGUGGGGCAGGUUGCACGCCAAUACCAUCUAGAUGCUGGUGUAAUUGAGAUGAGGUUCUUGGGCGGAGCUGUCGGUAUAAAGAUCCACACUUUUCCCGUUGGAGGUCCACUGCCGCCAACGGUUGAUGACGAAAGAAUCUAUCGUUUCGCCCUACGACGCACCAGUCAAACCCUUGGAGACCUCCUCCCGCAUUCACUACCAAUGCUCCCGCUGCCCCUUCUUAUUCUGAAGGCGGCCAACGAUUGCCGAAGAACAGGGCCAGAUGAUGCAGAGCUCGUGUGGACCUUGGCCCAGAAGCUUGAUAGGAAACAUCGGUGGCAGGAUUGGCAGCUCUAUGGGUUGAAGGAUAACCUUGGAAAGCUCGUGGGGGCAGACCCCGGGAAGGCCAAGAAAAGGACACGGGACGAGUGGGUGGAAGCCCUCCGUUUGGAAGAGCAAACUGGUCAGUGA